AUGAUUUUGGGACAGGAUCUAAAUGAUACCGAAUGUGUCUGUUCCGAUUUGCAACACGAUGAUUAUUCGCCAGCAUAUGAAUGGUUUAAUUAUAUAGCAGUGAUUAUUUUAUUACCAUCAAUUUCGGUUUUUGGUGUUGCGUCAAAUAUUGCUAAUAUUUUUGUUUAUUCUCGUGAAAGGAUGCGCAAUUCAUCCAAUACCUAUUUGUUAUUUCUUGCUUCCAGUGAUUUUCUAGUUGUUAUAACGGGCCUUUUCAUUUUCUGGAUCGAUUCCGCCAGGACUUAUAUUCCUGAAUUAUCACGUGCACCUUACACAACCGUCUAUGCAUUACCUUUCGGAUAUAUGGCGCAAACGUGCAGCGUGUAUUUCACUGUUGCUGCUGCUGUCGAUUGUUAUAUUAAUGUAUGUUGGAAAACAUUAAGUGCAAGUUAUUGCACAAUUCGACGUGCAUGUGAAAUAAAUACGUGUAUAACUGUAUGCUCCAUUAUCUAUAAUUCAUUACGUUUUCCUCAGUUUAAUCUGAGAAAAUGUUUACAUGCUGGUUCAAAGCCUUUGUCACCGGAUUCAACUACAAAAGAUUUGGGUGGGAAAAGAUGCAUAUCACGAUCGAAUUCAAUGGGUUUCGGCAAAGAUGCUUCUCGAAUUGCUGUAACGGCUUCUUUGGGUCAUGUGAAUAAUACGAUGCUUCAAUCAACCGGUGGAAAGAUGCUUGAUAGAAGCGGUGAGGCAGCCGAAUCCGAUAACAGCAUAACAAUGAUUAUGGUGGUCAUUUUGUUCUUAUGCUGCAAUAUUUUGGUAUGA